AUGGCGACUCUUUGCCUGUCCGUUUCCUUACACACCCCCCCUUCCCCUCCCCUUACCCCCUUCCUGCCACCCCCAGCAACGAUGAGUUCUUUGACUGUGUGCAGUCAAACUGCCACCGCAGGCAAGCCAGAAUCGCCCAUGCGUUGCCUGCCCAUUUCCUUCUCCCCACUCCCCCUUGUUCAUGCCACCCCCAGCGACGAUGAGUUCUUUGACCGCGUGCAGUCAAACCGCCACCGCAGGCAAGCCAGAAUCGCCCUGGGAGGGGUGAAGAGCGCGGGAGAAGGGCCAGGCGCGGCAGGGGGUGCGGGAGGGGCAGCGGGGUCAGGAGGGCGGAAAGGGGGAGGAGGCGGAGUGGUGACUGCGGUUGACCUGCUGGAGGAAAGGCAUGGGCUGCUGGAGCGACUGAGAGAGGUGGAGGGGCAGGUGGCAGAGGAGAGGAGGAGGAGUGAGGAGGCGAGUGGGGGGGAGGGAGGGGAGGGAGGGAGGGUAGGUGGGGAGGGGGAGGGCGGUGGGGAGGGUGGUGGCGGUGCGGAGGCACUGGAUCCUCUGGAUGCAUUCAUGUCGGCUGUGACAACAAAGAUAGAAAUGGACAAAUUAGGGACGCUGACAAGGGAGGCCGCCCGGUUGUCAGGCGAGCUGGAGCGGGUGGCAGCGCUGCUACAGCUGGCAGACCCAUCAGGAGAGGCCGAGGCCAAGUGGGUCCCUCCCGUUGAGAAGGGCAAGAAAAGGCAGAAAGAGACAACCACACUGCCUGCUCCUGCUGCUCCUGCUACUGCUGCUGCUACCGCUUCUGCUGCUGAAAAGGGUGGUGGAAAGGAGGUGAAGCGGCAGGAUGCAACGGGAGGGAGGGGCAGCGAGCUCGUCACUGCAGCAGCCCAAAGCAGUAGUGCCCCCGUGGGAACAGAAGAAGCAGCAGAUGUGGGGAUCCAAGGGAGGGAUGGGAACGAGGGAAGUGCGGCAGCAGAGGUGGAAGUGGGAAAGAUGGAAGAGAAAGGAAGGGGAGGGGGUAGAGGGGAAGCAAGGAAGCAGGAAACGGCAGGAGGGAUUGUGGGAGGGAGCAAGAUUGAUGAGAAAGAGAGAGUGGGAGGGAGCAAGAUUGAUGAGAAAGAGAGAGUGGGAGGGAGCAAGAUUGAUGAGAAAGAGAGUGUGGGAGGGAGGAAGAGAGGAGGAGGUGGGGAUUUCAGUGACGGUGAGAGUCGGAGCAAGCGGAGCAUUGCUGAUGGGGCUGCAUCUGCUGCUGCUGGAGCUGCUGUUGCAUCUGCUGCUGCCGGUGCUGCUGCCGGUGCUGGUGCUGGUGCUGGUGCUGGCAGUAGUGGUGGUGGCGGUGGAGGGGGAGGGGAGGAGAAACGGCGGAGGGUGUUGGGGCCAGCGAAGCCCAAGUUUCUGGAGGAGGCAGCAGCAGAGAUGGAGCAAGGCACCGAGGCCUGGAUGCCCCCGCAAGGUCAAACCGGUGAUGGCCAAACCCUACUGAACAAGAAGCUCGGGUACUAA